AUGCUGUUGCUACUCAUUGGCGACCUCUACAUCCCCGACAAGGCACCGCAACUCCCAGCAGCCUUCCGCAAACUACUGCGUCCCGGGAACACCGCCAACAGCAGCAACCCGCCGCAUGCACAUAUCGACAAAUUGCUCUGUCUCGGUAACAUUACAGACUCUCCCUCCACCGUCGCCUUUCUCCGCUCGCUCGCCGACGAGUCGCAUCUUCUUCGCGGCGCCGAGGACACACACCCAGCAGAGAAGGAUACCGUUCUCGUACACGCCGGGGGGUUUUCUAUAGGGGCAAUUGGCGGGAACCAGGUUGUCCCCUCGGGAGACCCCUUGGCGCUUCUUGCCCAUGCCCGAAUGCUGGGCGCAGAUGUGCUGGUCUACGGGGGUGCGUCUGCACCGGAAGCAUAUGUUCUCGAGGGGAAAUUCUUUGUUGCGCCCGGCUCCGCCACGGGCGUGCUACCGGCCACCGGCAGCAGCGCCGACAGCGCCGACAGCGCGGGCGGUAGCACGCCCAGCUUCUCCCUGCUGGACGUUGCCGACGGGAAAUGCACGCUUUAUGUGUACACCCUCGUUGAGGGGGACAUCAAGGUCGACCGUGUGGUGUUUGCCCCACAAUGA